CACCAUUUAUUUGUACAUGUAGUAUUUUGUUAAGACAGAACAAACGUACACACACUCUUCAUAUAACAAAGAAUAUUUGAGUUUUUGAAGGUGUAACAGGGGCUGAUGUGACUGCUGGGCUUUGCACUCACUGCCAUGCUUGUACACACACACAUACAAAGAAACAAACCAACCUCCCUCUCAUCAGCACACCCACAACAGGGACUGCACUCUGCUCCUGUGAGUUUUCCCUCUCAGUUCAAAGACCUGAGGAGAGACUAAAGGAGAAGACAAGAGAGUUUUAGAGAGCAUCAAUCAGCCGUCUGUGACGCAGUCGUCAUCAGGGUACUGUGUCUCUGACUACAUCUUCAUUUGGAUCCAUAAAGACUUUGUCUUCACAGUUUGAGGAUGCCACUCCCCUUUCUAGAGAUAUUCCUUGGCUUCCUAGGCUUCGGUCUCACCAUCCUGUUCUGCACCACCUUCUGCAGAGCAUGCAGCCGCAUAAGGGAGGAGCAGAUAGAGGCAGAGGCGCUGAGACGUAGUGAGCAGGAAGGCCGUCCCCAUUCUAUAUAUUUCAUCCCCUUCCCCAGAAACAUAUCGCAGCAGGACAUUGAAGACCACUUCAGGGUACCUCGAUACAGCCAGGAGGUCCAAACUCCACCAAGAUACAGCACAGCUGCAAACAGCGGGCCACCACCUUCAUAUAAUGAGCUGGCAUUUAAGCCUGAGGAUCUCCCACCUGCCUACACAGAGUACAGCGCUCCUGUGUAUCCCAUCUCACCUCCACCUCCACCUCACGUAGAAUUGGCUCAGCUACAAACACAGACACAACAAUAAGCCAGGACUCUUACACUGUGCCUGUGUUGAGAUCAUGGACACUCUUGAUCAUUGAACUGCCUCAUGGACUCGAGUGAGCUUGCAUUUUUUAAUGUUUCAAAGUUGUUUUUAUUAUUAUAAAUAUACUAAAGAUUAUGAAAAUGAAACAGAGGGAACCAAAACUGUGGCGAUGUCAUCAGGUUCAAGGCAACUAUAUGGAUGGUUAUACAGCACAUCCUCCAAACCAAUAAAACACUUAAGACCCGAAAAUAGAUUUUAUCCCCACAUAAUGAUGAUUGGAACAUUUUUAUGACAGCCAACUGAAGGGUUAUGCUUCUGGUUUGAAUGGUUGUUUUGUGACAUCAGCACAAGGUGUCAAAAACCCCUGUAGGAGUAUUCAUGAUAUUAUAGGUGAAUAUUAUUGACUGUAUAAGAAGUGGGCAUAGCCACCGUGACUACCAUUUCCAAGCCCUGAGUUUGACAUUGGGCUACAUUUACUAAUUCUAUGCAGUAUGGUUACGGUCAGGUGCAAAUAUGAAUUCAUUCUUCUUAAUAGUAUAAGUCAGAUUUUUGAUUACAUGUUUUCUUGCCUCUUCUACUAAUGUUUGAUCCUUUCAUAUCAUCUGGAAAUUACACAUUCAAGGCCAUCUUUAGUACAGUUUUUGAUCUGUAUAGUUAUACAGAGUAUUUUGUGUAAUGAAAGAAAUAAUAUGUGUAAAAAAGUGAAUGCAUUAUAUACUUUAAGUUUUAUUGAACUUCAGACAAACCCAGAGAGACAAAGCUUUUUGAGAAGCACAAUGUUCUUCAGGGUAGCCGUUCAUCUCUCAGGAAAACUUCAUGGUUUAUUGCAAAAAACGUAUUCUAAGGGGGACAAACUUGACAGCAAUUUUCUGUUUUUCAUUUAUUAUACUAUUAUUUCCCCUUUGUUAUCUUUAUCUUAGUUUGGGUGUCGCUCGACUCUGUCCUGGUGGCUCACAGUAUUUCCCUUUAAGCAGUAUUGUUGCAACAGUCCACAAAGAGAGGAGUGCUGUUUGGAGAGUUUGUUUUAAAUCAAACAAUAAAAAAUGUUUUAUAUUAAAUGUUAACUGAGCAAUUAUCCCUCUGGAAUUGUUAAAUUCUCAGGACAAAUUUGUAUGAUAUAUGUAAAGUAGCUGGUCUACUGACAGAUCUCUGAAUUGAGCGUCUAAACAACUGUGUCUCUCCAAAGUCAGUAUCACUGAAAGUUUUAAGAAAAUAAAGGUUAAAAAUAGGAAUAACUUGUUAUUCUAUAUAAAACUUCUAUGUGGAUAUAUAAGAUGUUCACUGUGACGAUACUAUGAAAUUGUUUUUUUACACACAAUAAAUAUGGCACUUUUAUUGAA